AUGAGCUCCACCGAGAAUACCGAACCCAAGGUCGGCGAGACUAAGCCUGCCGAGAUGGCUGAGAGCAAGCCUCUUACUUCAUCAUCCGUCUUCUCCAUGUUUGGCGGCGGCGCAAAGAAAGAGAAGAAGGAGGAUGAUGAUCGUGGUGAUGUUUCCGGUAGCGCCAAGGCCCAGCGCGAGGCCGCUGCUGCUGCGAAGGGUGACGACGAGGAGGAGGUGGCCCCCGAUUCGGAGGACGUCCACUUCGAGCCCGUCCACAAGCUCACCGAGAAGAUCAAGACAGUAACACACGAGGAGUCUGAGGAGGAGAUAUUCAACAUGCGAUGCAAGAUGUUUAAAUUCACUCAAGACUCUGAGGGUAAGGGUGAAUGGAAGGAGCGUGGUACUGGACCCCUCCGCCUACUGAAGCACAAGGAGAACGGCAAGAUCCGUCUAGUUAUGCGACGAGACAAGACCCUCAAGGUUUGCGCCAACCACUACAUCACCCCCGAGAUGACGAUCGCUCCAAUGUCUACCAGCGACCGUGCCUGGCUCUGGAAUGUGGGCGCUGAUGUUAGCGAGGGUGAACCCGAGGCUAUUACUGUCUCUGUUCGCGUAGCUAAUGCUGAGAAUGCUCAACUAUUUAAGGAAGCCUGGCUCAAGGCCCAAAAGGACAACGAGGUGCUCUUUGCCCAGGCAGCCCAGGCCAAGACCGAGACAGAGGAAUCCGAGCCUAAGGCGGAGGAAAAGAAGGAGGAACCCGCUGCUUCCUCGUAA